GAAAGAGAGAUCGCCUGGAGGCUUGGCCUGAUGGUCAAUGGCCGCUGGCCGCCUUUGCGGUUUUUGCUGGGGACAAGGGAGCUCCAGGACAAAACACGGGCAGGGGAGCUGGCAGGAAGCACCAUCACAGCUGUGCUCGGGCUGAGCCUGUGCCAAGUUCUGCGUUUGGUGGACGCGCUCCCAAACUGGUUGGUUCGCCAAAAUCGGCAGGAGCUGCGGGAGGGCAAUGGGCUUGGAAGCACCGCGCUGCUGGCCACUUGCAGAAGUGUCUCUGAGCCCCUCCAAGACGCAGCAGCCUUGCAGAGGGUGCAGGCAAGAUUCGCCGAGAUCGUGCGCCCGGCGGCCCCAGCCCUGGAGGCCAAUCACAACCGCGAGGUGACACACCUCAGAGCUGCUGCGGGAGCAAUCCAGCCGGGCGCCGAGCAGAUUCUGCGUCUCUUGGGAGAGGACCCGGGCCAGUCUUCACGUGAUCGUCCCACUGGAGAGCCUGACCCAGAGGCGCUGACCAGCAUUUACCAGGUUGCCUUGGAUGUGCUUAGAAUGGACGGGGCUGACCGUGCGGAGCUGACGCGUGCGGCUUCCGACAUCCUGCACCUGGAUGCAUUCAUGAGGUUUUCGGUAGCUGCUUGUGAUGUGAGGGACCGGAGCACCUGGGAUGUGCACCGCUGCUUCGGGCCUUUGCACUUAGGAUGGCGGUAG